AGGGAGCCGAGGAAGACGCUCCGAUAACCCGUGCGUUUCGUAAGGCUCGGAGCACUUGUACAUUUCUGCAGGCGCGUAGCGAGCCAUUCGCGGAGGCUGCUGCAGCUCUGACUGCAUCUUCCUCCUUCUCCCUGCCUCCAGCUCCGCGCGUGUGUAUGUGAGUGUGUGCGAGUGUGCUUUUGCAGGUGUGUCCGUUUUAAUUCUGCCCAGGAGGUGGGACUUGGUGACUUUAGCACCAUUUUUUUCCCCUUUUAUUAUUAUUAUUUUUGCCUUCCCACCGUCCGUUGUUGCAACCCUGCAAAGUCUCGGAGUCGGAGAGCGCGCCUCAUUUCCAGAGCUCCUGGACCCCGCAAGACGGCGAGCGCCGAGCCGGCCACCAUGCCCGGCAGACCGCGCCACUAGGCGCUCCCCGCGGCUCCCACCCGGCGGCGGCGGCGGCGGCCGCGAUGGUUUCCGACGCUGAAGGAUUUUGCAUCUGAUCGCUCGGCGUUUCAAAGGCAGAGGCCCCCCUCCCCCUUCCCCCCUCCCUCGUCGUCUUUGUUUCCUUCCCCCCCCUGCUCUCCCCACUCCCCCCACCCCACCCCCCUCUCCUCUCCUCCUCCUCCUCUUUUUUAGAAGCAGCGAUCGGAGAUGGAUGUCUCUCUUUGCCCAGCCAAGUGUAGUUUCUGGCGGAUUUUCUUGCUGGGAAGCGUCUGGCUGGACUAUGUGGGCUCGGUGCUGGCUUGCCCUGCAAAUUGUGUCUGCAGCAAGACUGAGAUCAAUUGCCGGCGGCCCGACGAUGGGAACCUCUUCCCCCUCCUGGAAGGGCAGGAUUCAGGGAACAGCAAUGGGAACGCCAGCAUCAACAUCACGGACAUCUCAAGGAAUAUCACUUCCAUACACAUAGAGAACUGGCGAGGCCUGCACACACUCAACGCCGUGGACAUGGAGCUCUACACGGGACUCCAGAAGCUGACCAUCAAGAACUCUGGACUCCGGAACAUUCAGCCCAGGGCCUUCGCCAAGAACCCCCACUUGCGUUAUAUAAACUUGUCGAGUAACCGGCUCACCACACUCUCCUGGCAACUCUUCCAGACGCUGAGUCUUCGGGAAUUGAGACUGGAGCAGAACUUCUUCAACUGCAGCUGUGACAUCCGCUGGAUGCAGCUGUGGCAGGAGCAGGGGGAGGCCCGGCUGGACAGUCAGAGCCUUUACUGCAUCAGUCCCGAUGGCUCCCAACUCCCUCUCUUCCGCAUGAACAUCAGUCAGUGUGAUCUCCCCGAGAUCAGUGUGAGCCACGUCAACCUGACCGUCCGAGAAGGAGACAAUGCUGUAAUCACUUGCAAUGGCUCUGGCUCCCCCUUGCCUGAUGUAGACUGGAUAGUCACCGGGCUGCAGUCUAUCAACACCCAUCAGACCAAUCUGAACUGGACCAAUGUACACGCCAUCAACUUGACCCUGGUGAACGUGACAAGCGAGGACAAUGGUUUCACCCUGACGUGCAUUGCAGAGAACGUGGUGGGCAUGAGCAAUGCCAGUGUUGCUCUCACUGUCUACUACCCUCCACGUGUGGUGAGCCUGGUGGAGCCCGAGGUACGCCUGGAGCACUGCAUUGAGUUUGUGGUGCGUGGCAACCCGACACCCACGCUGCACUGGCUGUACAAUGGGCAGCCACUGAGGGAGUCCAAGAUCAUUCACAUGGACUACUACCAGGAGGGGGAGGUCUCUGAGGGCUGCCUGCUUUUCAACAAGCCCACCCACUACAACAAUGGCAACUACACCCUCAUUGCCAAGAACGCCCUGGGCACAGCCAACCAGACCAUCAACGGCCACUUCCUUAAGGAGCCCUUUCCAGAGAGCACAGAUUUCUUUGACUUUGAGUCUGACGCAAGCCCCACACCUCCCAUCACUGUGACCCACAAACCAGAGGAAGACACUUUUGGGGUCUCCAUAGCAGUCGGACUUGCUGCCUUUGCUUGUGUUCUUCUGGUGGUUCUCUUUAUCAUGAUCAACAAGUAUGGUCGCCGGUCCAAAUUUGGAAUGAAGGGUCCUGUGGCUGUCAUCAGUGGUGAGGAGGACUCAGCCAGCCCACUGCACCACAUCAACCAUGGCAUCACCACACCUUCCUCGCUGGACGCUGGGCCUGACACAGUGGUCAUCGGCAUGACCCGCAUUCCAGUCAUUGAGAACCCCCAGUACUUCCGUCAGGGACACAAUUGCCACAAGCCAGACACAUAUGUCCAGCACAUCAAGAGGAGAGACAUCGUGUUGAAGAGAGAACUGGGUGAGGGAGCUUUUGGAAAGGUCUUCCUGGCUGAGUGUUACAAUCUAAGCCCCACCAAAGACAAGAUGCUCGUGGCAGUGAAGGCCCUGAAGGAUCCCACCUUGGCUGCCAGGAAGGAUUUCCAGAGGGAGGCUGAGCUGCUCACUAACCUGCAGCAUGAACAUAUUGUCAAGUUCUAUGGGGUGUGUGGUGAUGGGGAUCCACUCAUCAUGGUCUUUGAAUACAUGAAGCAUGGAGACCUUAACAAGUUCCUCAGGGCUCAUGGGCCAGAUGCGAUGAUCCUCGUGGAUGGGCAGCCACGCCAGGCCAAAGGGGAGCUAGGGCUCUCUCAGAUGCUCCACAUCGCCAGUCAAAUAGCCUCGGGCAUGGUGUACUUGGCCUCCCAGCACUUUGUGCACCGGGACCUGGCCACCAGGAAUUGCCUGGUUGGAGCCAACCUACUGGUGAAGAUUGGCGAUUUCGGCAUGUCCAGAGAUGUCUACAGUACUGAUUACUACAGGGAAGGGCCAUGCCAGAAGGGCCCAUUCAGCGUGUCGUGGCAGCAGCAGAGGCUAGCAGCGCCAGCAGCUUCCACACUCUUUAAUCCAUCUGGAAAUGAUUUUUGUAUAUGGUGUGAGGUGGGAGGACACACCAUGCUCCCCAUCCGCUGGAUGCCUCCUGAAAGCAUCAUGUACCGGAAGUUCACCACAGAGAGUGAUGUGUGGAGCUUUGGGGUUAUCCUUUGGGAGAUCUUUACCUAUGGGAAGCAACCAUGGUUCCAGCUCUCCAACACAGAGGUCAUUGAGUGCAUCACCCAAGGCCGUGUCUUGGAGAGACCCCGAGUCUGCCCAAAAGAGGUAUAUGACGUCAUGCUGGGGUGCUGGCAGAGGGAACCCCAACAGCGGCUGAAUAUUAAGGAGAUCUACAAAAUCCUCCAUGCUUUGGGGAAGGCCACCCCAAUUUACCUGGACAUUCUCGGCUAGUGUGACUGGUGGCCAAGCAUUUAUAUUCUGUUGCCUCCUCUCUCCCUGCCUCAUAUCCACUUUUUCCUCAUCUCAACUCCUUUCUUCCAUCUUUGACUGAAACGAACAUCUUCAUAUAAACUCAAGUGCCUGCUACACAUACAACACUGAAUUUAAAAAAAACAAAAACAAAAGAAAGAAACCCUGUAAGGCAGUUUGACAUAUAUAUUUAUAUAUAUAUAACUAUCUAUCUAUCUAUAUCUACAGAGAAUUACCUUCUCUAAUACAUAGAGACGCUGCUGAUACAGAAAACCAUAAGACAUUAACAACUGAGAACAUUUUAAAUAUUAUUAUUAACACAAAUGAAAUUCCCUUGACUUAAGCUGUAACCCAUGCUUCUUCAGCUCUGACUUUUCAGAGCUCUUCGUCUUGACUGGCAGAGAGAGAGAGAGAGAGAGGACGGGAGGAGGCAUGGUGGUGUACAAUCAUCAAUGCACAUGAGUGAUCCCUUGAUGAUGCUUGGCAAGGAAACAAUUCGGGAAGUCCAGGCCCUUUGGAAACAUCUCUGGUCUGCCUUGACCUUUGCCUCCACUCUUUUCCUCCUCGUUGGGACAAUUUUCUAAUUUGUUCAUUCUACAAAAUAUACAGUCCUGAUGCUUUUGGGAAUCAAUGACGAUACCUACAAGCAAAUACUGAGCAAAUACCAACACCAGAUCACUCAAGAGCAAAGCCAUCCACAGUCCACUUAAACACCAAACAAGUCAGGGUGGGGGACUCCGGGAGGAGCAAACCCCAACCUUCUAGAUGUAAAUCACCCUCAAGUUCCUUCCUGGGUUUUAAGAGAUUCGAUCCUCUGAACCUGAAGAACUGGACUUGAUGGAUUUUAAGGACCGAACUGAGGAACUAAAAACCACUGAAGUCUGGAUCCUCUCAAGGCACUGCCUCUCAUCUUUCCAUCACUGGGAGGACUCUGGCCCGUCCUUUCACGUUCAGGCCCUUGGGAGUUUGGAGGUUUAAAGUCCACAUUCUCUAGUGUCAUCUGCUAACGUGGACACAGCAGUCUUCAGGGCUCUGGUAUUUGCUUAUUUGCUUGUAGAUCAUAAUUAGGCAACCCCUUGGGUCUUAUUUCUUAUCUUGCUUCCCCCAUAUCCUGAGGUUCUAUCAAGUCCUGGGUAAACCCAAUUGCCAGGGAAGGAAUCCAGGUGAGAGCCUGAGACAUGUGUGUUUCAAGAAGUCAGACCCUGGCACUGGCAAAAGUCAGCAGAGAAGAAUCUACUUGGCACCUGUGCUGGGCCCUUGGCAUUCUCCUCACGUUUUAAGCCCUUGGAAGGAUUGAUGCAUCUGCCUUUGUGCUGCUGUGAAAAAGGCGGGGACUGAGAAAUCGCUUUGUGGGCUGAGUGUGUGUGGGAGGUGGCCAGUGUGGCACGGCUGAAGCUUCUCUGGAAGACGUCCAAUGAGUGACCAGUGCCACAAACUUGGCGUCUUAAUGAGGACCAGGAGCUGCUGACCGGGGAGUGAGAACGAAGCAUUUGGGUUGGGGCCAGUCCCCCAGGCCUGAGCUCCCAGGGAAUCACUGCCUCCCCACCUGUGCUGCUGAGGACUGCAAAAGAGAAGGUCUCUGGACGGCUCUCAGACAUAACAAUGAAAUGCCCCGGGAGUCAAGAGCCUGGCCACACCGAGCCAUCCUGCUGAGGAGGAGGGGAUGUGCCCUUCUGAGGGUACCAGUCUCUCCAACUCAUCCCAAGCACAGAGCUACCUAACAGACGUUUUCCUACCAGAAGCUCCCAGGAGCUGUGGACUAUCACUUUCCUUUCUAGCUGAAGAAACUGUCUACAGCCUGGAUACCCUGGCCAGCCCAAGGCAGCUGAAGUAUGGCAACUCUGUGGCGGAUUUAGGACUGGAUUAUGUGUUUGUGGUUUUACUUUUUUUUAAAAAAAAUACCAACAAAUGUUUUUAUUCAAAUAGAAAAGAGCUGUGCUCAGAUUGUAGCCAUGGUUGGGAUUCAGGUAUCAGCAAGCCUGCUUAGCUGGACUGGGGAGAGAGCUGGGCUAACUAGGAAUUCAGUGUGGAACUUCUUACUCUGCUGGGUACCUGGCCCCUGAGGACAUCAGGGAAAAGCUCUUUGGAUUGUUCCCUUCAAAAGAACCCUUUGCUAUCCUGUGGCAAUUACUUCUUUUAUUACUCCUUGAAUCAGUCCACCUGAGGCUUUGAUCUCUGCUGGGGCGAUGAACAUUGGGUGGAAGUUUCCAUUCCAGUUUUAAUCUGGACAACUAAGCGGGAGACAUUCAGGCAAGGAAUGACUGGGUGGGGUGAGGAGAAAGUGUUUUCUAGUUAGAAGUGAUGUUCCCAGGUCUAAAGGCUUUGGGAGGGAGGGUGGCGUGCUGGAAGAAGUGGAGAACUGAAGGAGUUUAGAGCCUUAAUGGGAUAGUUGGGAGAAGGGACAAGACUGAACUUGCUCAAGUGUCCUUGUGUUAGCUCCAUGAGCUUCCACAUUGGCAUCAGGGGCACCUCCUCUCAAAGCCCUCCAUUAUCAGCUGCCUGUGUAACAGUAAGAGAGAGGGCAAUGGAGUUAGGAGGGAGGCAGAACGGGACCAACCUUCUUACUAUCCCGGCAUCCUCUCUGUGUAGAUUUUUACAUGUGGACCUUGGAAGGGUGGAGAAAGGGCUCGCAGUACUUCGGAGGGUAAGAACAUGCAGAACAGCCUUUGGAUAGUGAAGUGUAUUCUAGGGCUUUGUGGUAUGCAGAGUGUCUUACUCCUCCUGUACUGGCACAGGACAUAUAUGACUCACUUCACUGUGUCAUGCUUUUCUUAUGCGCAAACUAAGGUGUACCCUUGUUACGUCCCCAUCCUAUUCUAGCUCUGAAUUUUUAGCUUCUAACAGCACGGGGUCACUGUGUCACUUUUUUUUCUCAGCAUCACUCUGGGAUGCCUAGAAAAUUCUCCUUUGGCCUUGCGAGAGCAGAAGGUGGUUGUCUCUGAGGACAUACUGUACUUGGGCUGGGGUUGGUUCCAGUAAGUCAGUCUGAUCCUCUUUUGCCCCUAUGUCACAACAUGCAAGAGUCUAAAAUGUCUGAGACUACUUCAGGCUGGGGCAGGGGGGACACUCUGUCUCAUUCCCUACCCCCGUCUUCCCCUAGACCAGAAAAUUGUUAUUGGUGGUUUAUUUAUUUAUUAUUUAUUUAUUUAUUUUGGAAAGAAUCUAAUGUGGUCAGUCCAAUGAGUCUAGAAUUGACAUCCCAUGAGCCCAUGUAGCCGCUGCCACCUGCUCCAUCCGGCUUUCUACAUAAACACAUCUACACUUUUGAAGACCAUGCCAAAUUGAUUUAGCCCUUAGCCUGAAGUUAACUUCACUAUGAGCACUUGUGAAUGUUCCAGGGGACCCAUGCUCAUCUCUGUGCCCUGUCCCUGUCACCUGGGCCCCUCCUGGACUGACAAAGGGUGACUUGGACGUCCAUUGUAGAGCAGGGUGUCAUGGCCAAGGGUCCUUUUAGUUAUUUGCUUUGGGCAUGAACUUGAUGCUCCUUUCUGACUUACUUCGGCUCUUAACUGUGAGUGGUUGUCAAGGGUCACUAAAUGUUCGCUAGUCGAUAGACAAAGGACUUUGGUCUUCCUCCACUCAGCAGAUCAUGCACAAGUUUUUCCCAGAGAAAGCUUUUCACUGGAGGUGGAGAGCCUCCAUUUUUUUCUGGGCGUGAGCUGAACAGUGUUGUUCAUCUCUGGUGAUGCUUACCUGGUGGAACACACUAGUGCAAGUACUUCUGGUGCUAACUAUGACAGAAACCAGCGCCCACUGAAGAGCUUCAAAACAGAAGUAGGGUGAGUCAGCCAUGCCAGAAGAGUACUGCAUACAGCCGAAAGACCACUGAGAGCCCUGCCUCUGUGCUUGGCUACCUGUGAUGUGCUUUGGGCUAAAUCAGCAUUUCUUUGAUUGUCAGUCUUCUCGCCUGAGGUACAGGGGGUUAGACUAGGUGGACCCUUAGUGUCUACUUAGUUUGAAAGGCUAUUUUGAGUCCCCAUCUACUCCUCUAUUCUAAGGUUGUUCGCUAGAAAUGAGAGAUGAAAAUGAAAGGAAGACAGGGAGGGAAAGGAAGAAAAAUUACUGUUGACAAAAAGUGACUGUAAAAGUAAAGUAAAGAAUAUUUAGUGGCUGGUAUGGUUGAGGGACACUGGUGCAGGAUCCAGGCACAUAAGUCGGGAAGUUGGUAUUUGCUUUCUUCAGGGGAGUCUACCCUUCUCUACCAGCCAUCUUCACGACUUCACAUGCCCACAUUGGCAGAAACGAGUCUGGAAUAUGGAGACAGUCCUGCCCACCUCCCAUGAAAAGCAAGUAGUAAUCUGGACUCUAGGUCAGAAACCAAGAGAUUUUUAUAUGUACAUGCUUUCUCUUUUAUAUCCAAAAAUAAGACUGGUGGCAUACUUUUUUCUCCUUUCUGAACCAAACAGCAGCAGUAAUAUCUUUACACUUGCCUGAGAGUUUUUGCAAUCUUUUCAAUUCUUUGCUUACAGGGGAGCAUAGAAAUAUUUGUGGAUGAUAAGUCAAUGAAACCAGAUUCCAGCAGUCCCAUGAGACAACCUCAAACUCCAGUGUCUGCUUUGGUUGGGCACCAACUUGCUAAAAUGCAUAAGGUGUUUACCUCAAAGCAAAAAAAAUGUCACCUUGAGCUCAGACCCCGUGAGCUGUAGUCACUCAAUAUGAUUUUAUUUCUUCAAGAUUCACGUUUAUUUGGUACCAAAUAAAUUGUUUCAACCAAUACUUAACAGGGCUGGAAGGGGAGUUCCAAGUUUGGGCAUCAUUAUUAAAACAUCAGUUUGGACUUCAGAACCUUUUGGAGGAUUGCUCGAAUAUUACCAGGAAAGCAUUCCUUUUCAGCUCUAGCCAUAUGCACAUCAUGUGUUCUAACUAUCCACUUGAUGGUCACAGAGUCACAAAAGCCUCCCUGGAAUCAGCAAAUCAGUGCAGUUUGGGAUUCUCUUUGUACCUUAUUUUUCUCCUGGAUGAGAACUGCAGAGGUGGACUGGCCUCGGAGAUAUUCAGAAACAUCCCAAAGGGAAACUGGUUAUCUCAUAAAGUUUGAUCAUCUGCUGCUCCCCAUACUAAAUUAUAUUGACAAUAAUAUCCGAGCAUCUCAACAUCAUCCCUCCUGGUUUUCUGAUAACUCACCAUGCAGAAACCCUUUCUACUUAUAUGUUGUUUGGGAUUUGGUAUUGGAGUUACCAGCGGGGCAGAUGGAACCUCUUCCAAGAGGGCCAGACCAGAGAGGACCUGAGAGGAUAGCAGUUGAUUGUGCUCUCUGAUAGGCACAUGUGAUAGUGGUGGAGGAGGUGACAAUUUGUUUCAAUACACUGGGUUGUCCUACCCAGGGCCCUGCAUUUUAGCUUCUGAACAAGGUUUCUGUUUAUCUGGUGCAUUCUCUCCAAACACAUUUGUGUGUGUGUGUGUGUGUGUGUGUGUGUGUGUGUGUGUAUGUGUGCAAGUUUUUGAUGUACCAACAGAGACACCUUUCUAUGAGAACUGGGCUCCACCUGAGAGAACUCGGAAUUCCUUUUCUUUUCCUUCUUGCUAGCAAUAUUAAAUCAUAGAAAAUCAUGGGUUUCCUUAUGAUACUUUCAAAUAUGUGAGUCCUUGGAAUUCCUCACCAUAGUCAUAGAAUUCAGAUUGCCCUUCCUGUGGGGGGCUAGGUUCCAGCUUUAAGACAAGGCCUGGUUUGAUAUUUGCCAUAAGAAUGCUGUCUUAAACCAGCAAGCAAAUUUCCCUCUUUCAUACAGAGGUAAGAUGGUAAAUUCUAUUAACUUUUUUUCCUGAUCAUCCAGGAAUAUAUGGAACUCCAAGAUCUGAGCACAGAGUUUCCAAGAGAUAUUUAUAGUCCGCAAGUAGAUGCUUUUAAUAGAAGGUGGAUUGAGAUUACAGAAGACAAGGAGCCUACAGAACUCCUACUUCUGAGGCGCUUCCAGGCAUUUUGAUAGUGCUUUCUUUUAGUAUCUGAGAGGAUUCAGUCUUUUCUCAUCUUUAGGCAGUUGGAAUUUAGACCUCUUUCCUGCAAGAAUAAAGGUAGUGUGAGAGCCCAGCUACGCACUGUGUAGUCUAGCAUUCCUUUGGAUGCAGUAUCCCCUUAAGUGAGUGAGAAAUCACACGUUCAAAUCCAAAUCUGGUAUUUAUUAUUUCAUUUAAGAAACAUUCCUAGGAGUGUGACUUUGAAAAGGAACUAAGUUUAUAUUCUCCGGAGUAGUAGGACCUACUCAAUUUCUCCCCUUGGAGAUUAGUCCGUGUUCUGUCUCUAUUUCUAAGCUGCCUGACACUUGUCUGGUGCCCUUGAUGCUACUUUUGGACAGGAAGAGAAAGCCUGGUCCAGUACUGUGACUUCUGCUGCCCACAGGAGAGGAGUACAUUUCAGUACAGAGUGUCUUCUUUCUGCUUUUUCAUUUCCCCCUUUUUCUGGGUUUGCAUUCUCUGGCUUCCAUGGGACAGAGGGUCUGGAUUCUGACAGUCUGAGAAAGUCAUAAUAUGAGGUGAAUCCCAGGACCACAAACAGUUUGGACUUCAAACAGUGAGAAAAUUGGCGCCGAAUGAUUCAGCACACAAGGCAGAAAACUUUCAUUUCCUGCAGGCAGGAUGGAAUUGACUGUUAUAUUAAGACUUCUGAAGGAGCCCUGCCCUGGAGUAAUUUCAGUGCUGUCAGACAAUGUUGACAUCUAGAUUAACCUCUGUGCAGUGAAUUUGACUGCACAGCUCAUUGAGAUGCAUGUGGCGUGUCCCUGUAAAUCCCAUCUGAAACCCUUGGUGGCCCACCCAGAGCAACUCCCUCUCCCAUCUCCACCUCCUGAUCUCACAGUCCAUGAACUUUUAGCCUCUGGGAGCAAAGGCACUGUGGCUGGGGUCUGACCCUCAGAAAGGAAGUUUUGACCUUUCUGUGAGCACGAUCUAGUCCUGCCUCAUGUUUGCUGCUUGGUCAGAGUGACAGCCCUUGUCACUGUAUUGGUUUUCUCCCAGAGGAGACGGCAAAUAAAGGCAUGAAGGCCAUUCCACUGAUGACAAACAGUUUUAUGACUGAUCUAAAAGUGAAAUGGUCUGCAGAGGAGCCAAGGGCCCAGAGUUGGUCUAUCUGUAUGCUUCCAGUCUUUCAGGUUUCAAAAGAAAACAGCAAAUGCAACAAGGUCAUGACCACAGAUGAGGUGGGUAGGGUCUGGUGGCUGAAAGGACUUGUCCUCUAUACAGGUGCUUCCUCUGGUCCUUUUAAUAAAGGCAUCCUAGACUCCUACUCACCUGGCUGGGAUAGUGCCUUGUAGGAAGCUCUGAGUCCUUCUUGCUCAUGGCAUGAUGCCACACUGAGAUCCCAUAGUUAGAUGAAACCUUUCAGAUAAGGUGGCCCACAGCAAAAGUACAUACAUACAUCUCAUGCAUCAAAAAUUCUGAAAAAGGACCUUCAGCUUGGUCCCAGCUACCUCCAGACUCUGCAAAGCUACUCAGCAUAAUCCUAGGCAUUUCUGAAAACACACCUCAGGAUUUUAGAAUACCCUGCCCAAAUCUGAAGAACAAAUUUCUCUGCAGAAUCGUUGAAUCUGAUUCUCCUUCAAAUUAUUUUUCCUUCUUUGCUUCUUUAGUAUAAGUAGUGGGAAUCUCUUUCUAUAUUCUCAGAUACUUCUUUAGGAAGUUUUUAGCCAAGGACAUUGUAUUUAUUGACUAAGAAAAUAGAUUUCUGGGCUGAGCAAUAUAGCAGUCACACAGAGGAAAUCUUGAUGACUUUAUUUAAAAACAAUUAUCAGAGUUGUGGGUUUUUUUCUAGCUUCUCAAGCUGAUGGAGAACAAACCAUAUUCAUCCUUUUUGUUAUUUGUCAUAUGUAUUCACUUCCACAUAGAAAGAAGUAAGCGCAUGCAUGCAAAUGCCUGGGUAAUUCUAUUGCAUCUAGACCACAGUGCCCCAUUUGUGUUUCUUUCCUUGAUCUCAGCGUGUGUGUGCAAAUGAGUGCACCACACAUGUGGUUUCCUCACUGUGCCUCAUCAUUGUUUGUAUUAGCAGCACAAAGCCUAUGACUUUCUGCAUUAUGAGUUAUUUACAAAGUUGAGGCUCCUUUGAUGGAGAAAAAAAGUACCCAAGUUCUCAAAAAUUUCAUACAUAAAGACAGGACUCCUCCCUAUCUUUUUUUCAAGGUUUAAAAAAAAAAACCCAAAAAACAGACUGAGCCUUGAUUCUGAUUAUCUGUAAUUAAUUUUCUGGGGGAAGGGGUAUCAGAUUCAUCAUAAAUAUUAUGUGUAAAUAUAAAUGUGAAUGAGUUUAAGCUGACUAUUGACCUAACCAUUGGCUAUUAAAACUCAAGUGUUCUAGUGGAACUGUGGCAUGCAGUCCUUGGGACACAAGAACAGAGCUGAGUUAGGAGCUGGGAGGCUGGAUUAUAGGGCAUUUGUCUGGGCACCUGAGUGAAUAUCAGCUUUUAACUGAAAGCAGGCAAACAGGCUGCAGACUGUGCUCUCUCUCAAACAGCAGUGAUGAGGAAAGCCACUCCGUUCUAAUCUGUUGCUCAGGUUAGUUCCCGACAAAGCAUAUCAUAGCAGGUAUUCCCUGAGAGGACAUUUGCAGACAUCCCAUUCCAAAGGGCCAGAGUCGUUUGUACCAUAUGCUCAGUUUCUCACUUACAGCUCUCUCUGAACUCUAAAUCUUAUCUGUCUCCAGCUCCCUACCUCACCUCUUAGAGGCCAGGCUCUGAGAGCUCUAGAAAGUGGAGGAGAGUCUGGGUGUCUCAUCUCCUUAGCCUGAGCAUGUUGUGAUUUAGUCUGGGUUUCUGCAGAAAGAAGCAAGCUGCUCUCCCAGCCAUCCAUCAGUCUCUUUCCAGCUCCAUGGACCAAAUGAUUAGCGCUCAUUAGUGCCUCAUCAGUUGCUUUUGCACAGGAGACUCUGAUACAACAGGCCUAUUAUAAGGCCCCAGUCUGUCUUUUUGAAGUCAUCUCAUCCUUCUGGCAUGGUUAAGAAAGGCAAGCCUUCCUACAAGCAUGUUUUCCUUCACAUUUCUGUCUUGUUUCCUGGCUGCUGAAUAUUCUAGUAAAUGACAAAGUACAGUUUUUCUUUUUUUCUAGUCUACUGUGAGCGGGGGCCAUGUCUCUCCAUGGACUAGAGCUCUGUGUAUCAGCCACGGUUUAUCCAGUCUUGGGACGGUUAAAAGAGUGACUCACAGAUUUGGUGGAAGUGAUCUUUAUUGUGACAGCACCAGAAAGGUUUGUACCUUAAGAAAGAAACUGAAUCAACACACCGUGGAGUAGGAAUGGAGAAGAGGUCAACUGAGGAUCUGGGAAGCCAGACUUUCUAGUCCACACAUCACUUCAUAUCAACAGAUGCUUUAACUGUUCCAGCAAUGGUUCUUACAGACACAAAUAGCCACAUCCACUAGUCAAAAAUAAAUCCAUCAUGUCUGAUGUCUGACACAACCACUUAUUUUUUUAAAAAUCUUUUUUUCCCCAUGAGCUGGAGAAAUUGCUCAGAUUCUAAGAGCACUGGCUGCCAUUCCAGAUGAGCUGGAUUUGAUUCCCAGCACCCACACGGAAGCUUACAACCAUCUGUAAAUCCAGUUCCAGGGGAUCUCACACCCUCUUCUGGCCUCCACAGUCAUCAGGCAUGGAAGUGGUGCACAGGCAUUCAUAUAGGCAAAACACUCACACACAUUAAAAACACCCCCCCCCCAUAACUCUAGACAGCUUAAACAUGUUUCUUUUCUUGGUUUCUACUAAUAUCUUCAUUGUGAUUCCCAGGUUUUUAAUUUUUUUAUCUGCAUUUCCUUAGGAAAGAGUUGAUGGUCUAUUUUAAGUUCUAUCUAUGAAGAAAUGUCAAGACAGAUGCAAAGUGAGGGAGCAAUGGAGCCAAAAGGUAGAGGUCUUACGAGCCAUUAUUUCUUUCUGAUCAGCCUCUUGCUCUGUAAAAGCUCUGCUAACAGCCUUCUGCCUGCCAUUCACUGAGGAUUAUCAUGAGCAAUAGAGUCAGCCCUUAGUGGUGUCCCCAAGGCCCCAUGGUUGCGAAAGCUUACUCCUUGGGCAUCUGGCGCUAUUCAUGGUUGAAACAUUUGACUUGUGCUGUGUUUGAGGUACACCUUCCUUAUUCCCUCCAAUGGUUGGUUUCUAGAGAGUUAGUAAUUAACCUUUUCCCACUUUGAAUCACCAGCGCACAUACAGUAAUGGAAAAUAUGUUGUAAUUCUACCAGCAGAAAGGGAUGUUUUACCCACUUAGCAGGGGUGAUUUGUAGAUUUCAUUUUCUGGCAUGGAACCCUGGGACAUCUUGAAGCCAAAUAGCAUCUCUUCUCCUUUAACUCCUUACCAACUCAUUGCUGCUUUGAAGAGGUGCUGUAGAUUUCAGAAUAAUGCCUGGUAAAGUAAGACUGCAUUAUUUAAGUCAAAUACUAAUACUGAUCUUGCAGGGAGAUUGAGGGUGAUAAUGAUCUUGAAGCUUUCUAGGGACUGUGGUCCCCACAAGGGAAAGGCAGGGAUAAUCAGAAGAUGGAGAAGGCUAUCCUGGUGAAGACCAAACUCAAGGCCUCAUUUUCAAUGGCCCAGAGCACAACAGAGAGGUUCCAGAGGGACUCCUGCUGAGGAACGUGUCUGGCUGAAAAUGAAACCCCAGACAAUAAAUCCUGAGGCCAGAUUGCCAAGGUUACAGCAGUGAAGUCAUUUACAGUCUCUAAAAAAUGUCCCAGGUGUUUGUGAUGCCAAGCACUAUUUUAAGUUCCUUGCUACGAAGACUACUUGGAAAGUGAAAUCUUUCAAAUGUUAUUUCCCUUCAAUUUCCAAGUAGCCAUCAGGUGUGAUAUGUCUGACAAAAUGUUGUCUGUGUGUUGUGAAAGGAUUUUGACCACUCAUGAGAAAAAGCAAAAUAAAGCUGAGUACCAAGAAUCCUGAGAAACUCGGAAAUGUUUCACUGGAGUUCAGAUGAUCACAUCUUCUUUUUUCUUUUGACCUUGGGCUCAGUGUUUAUUUUUCUGAUACAGGAAAGCAGAUUUUCUGUUCUAGACUUCUAUCUGAGUGAUUUUUACCCCUGCUAUUGUCUGCCAGGCAGAAAGCACCCCAGCUUUCUUUGAAAUGAGAAUCCAAAUUGGGAUAUGUUUGUAAAUUGUGGUGUGAAAUUGCAGAAGGCAAGCUGGUUUGGAGUGGUGUUUCCUAAUUCUCUCGGAUAGGACAUAGGCUCUUCUAAGCUUUGUUAAAGCCUGCUUGGAACAAAUAGUUUCACCAUGUGACUUCCUAUAGACAUGACUGAUAAAUUAAAGAUCUCAGAGGUAUCAUUUAAGAAGUAAAUUGAUGAACAUGGAAAGUUUGAGCUAAUACGCUAACAGGAACAGUAAGUACUUACUUUAAUGAUUGUUUUCAUUCCCUUCUCUGAAAGUUUAGCCUUUUGGGGGACCAUUGGGACAUUUCUUUUCCAAGGCUAGCAGAGAUUGAUUAUAGUUCAUGUCGAAAAGCAAAGGCUUUCUUGAGCCUGUUGGGGUUGGAGGUAACCCCAAAUGGCCCAUGUUAUUUUUCUGAUACAAGUACCACAGCAAUAGGAGUCUUCUUGAGUAUGUGUUUGGAUCCUGGUGGUUUGCACAAGGGAUUUGUCAAAUUAAAAAAAAAAAAGAAAGCAAGUUGGGGCAAGAAAAUUCUGACUAAAUGUGAAAGAAAAAAAAUCAGUUCUGCCAGCAGACAUUCCUGUACUAUUCAGUGAAGAAAUACAUUCUCUUUUCAAGAUGAGUUUUACUUUUUGAGGUAUGUGUGCUGUGCUGUGUGUGUGUGUGUGUGUAUGUGUGUGUGUGUGUGUGCGCGCGCGCGGUGUGUGUGUGUGUGUGUGUGUGUGUGUGUGUGUGUGUGUGUGUGUGUAGGUGGAGGUAGGAAACAAGUAUGAAGCUGUUGUUUACACAUUUAGAUGUUCUCUCGAGCACAGUAAAAGCUCUGUUCAGUUUCUUGGAACAUGACAAUAAAAUUAGGGUUACAGAGGAAAUAAAGGCUGGUGUUUUAGAACAAUGUGAAAUAGUCUCCAAAUAUUCCUUUCUGAAACCUUCAGUCAUAGCAAAUCAAGUCAACCUCAUAUUUGUUGUUGAUAUCAGGGCAAAACAGUCAGUGUACAAUAUCUGCAGGUCCUAGUGCUUUGUCUGUCUGUGGGCCUCUUUUCUGAAGGUAUAGAAUUCUUAAUUCAUGUCAGGAACUUGGCCAACAUGGCUAAAUGAUGAAAUGGCUUAGACAGUUUAGAGUAAGCUACCCCAUGUAGAUUUUUGGCAAGGGUAUUAGGGUUGUUUCGGAGCUAUUUUUUUUUUUUUUGCCUCAAAUGAUAUUUCAAGUGAUUUGAAAUACAGUUUGAGACCUUUCACAGAAGGUGAAAGGACAAUUUAGUUUCACAGUAGUAUUUGGUUUUGCCCAUCCCAGAAGUGUAAAUUCUGCUGUGAGCUGGCUAUAGGGUUUCAGCACCAGGGACAGCAGUCAUUUCCCUCAUCUGAAGUCUAUUCUGGUGAUUGGAUUUCCAGACAGGUUUUUUUUUCCAACACUCCCUACCCAUUGAACUUGGAAGAUUUUAUUCUUAAGUUUGGGUGCUUAUAUAUUCAAUUUUUCACGAUCCAGGUAUUACUUCUCUAGUUGGAGGUGUGAACCUGGGAGAGAGUGGAGCUGAAAAAUGAGUCGGACUAAAGUCUCAUGCAAUAGCCAACAUUAUUCAGAGCACCAGACAGUUGAUAUUCUGAGGAUAUUCUGAGGAUUAAGUAAGGUCAUGAACAAAGUUCAUGUGAGUUUAGGCUAUAUUCAGCCACAAGGACAACUGGUGCUUGGAAACAUCUUUGAAUAACAAACGUAAGCAGCAAUGUGUGAUCAGUCUGAAGCAAAUCUACUCCUAUUUACUACACCUGGGAGGGCCACAAAAGCACAUUCCAAGAACAAACCAUGUCAUGGAGAAACAUGGGUUACAAGACUUUUGCCUUGUUUUCUUGGGGUUAUCUCACAAGCUCUCAAAAAUCCUCCUUAGACAGCUUCAUUCAGGGACCAUGUUCCAACAUCAACAUCCAGGAAUAGAUUUUAUUUUCCCCCAAACCUGAUAUAGCUGUUUCUGCCAUGUCCUUGGCCUGCUCACAAAGUAUAGACUGUCACAGUCAGGUUUCCCAGAGAUGGGAAAGACUGAGGUACCAGUGGUAGGAAUGCUUUGGGGCAGAAAUCCCUUCCUUAUUAGGCACCCUAGACUUGCAAACUCCUAUAAGGAAUACUACUCGUUGAUGACCACUUCUAAAAAAAAAAAAUAAGCAUAGUGUUCACAAUAUGCAAGGCCAUGGUUCAUUGGUAUGCAUCCAGAAGCAGUAAUAAUGCACAGCAGUGGAGCUGAAGUUCUGACCUUUGAGGACAAAGAAGGGUCUAGCAAUGCUGUCAAGAGGUAUUCUGGAAACUUGUGGAAGGCUACUACUUUGAAUCUUGGCAUCCAGUUUUUAACCUUGAGUGCUGUUCAACAGCUCUUUUUGCCUUAAACAAUCAUGAUAAGAUUGGAAGUAGCUCCUUAUGGCUUUCCCCAUGCCUGUCCAAAGGAGUCACUGGGAAAAUGGGAGUAACAGAAGCACAUGUUGUCACUAUGCUUUGUGAUCAUCCAGUUUUCCUAUAGCACAACAAUGCAUAGGUGUCACCACAGAGGUAGUACAGUCUUCUAUUGUUUACUUGGCAUCCUCCUUGGGGCCCUCUCUCCAAGAUGGUAACUGAAUAGCAUCUGUUUCCUCCUCCUCCUCCUCCUCCUCCUCCUCCUCCUCCUCCUCCUCCUCCUCCUCCUCCUCCUCCUCCUCUCCCUUCCCCUCCUCCUCCUCUUCCCCUCCCCCUCCUCCUCCUCCUCUUCUUCUUCCUCCUCCUCCUCCUUCUUCCUUCUCCUUCUUUUUCUUCUUCUUCACAGGUGUUACACAAGCUCCAUUUUGGCUGCCUCUGAAUUAUCUGAGACCUGAUCAAGCUGUCAUUCUUCCUAGCUCCCUUUUCUCCUUGUCUCUUACACAUACUUCUUUCCCCCUCAUUAUUACUUAUAACGAUACAUAGCAUUUAAUGAUAAGAGACCAUGCAGCAUUCCUUUUAAGGAUAGAGAAAUAGUCAGGCCUCAAAGGAGCAAGUUCAACAGAAACGUGAUGUUUAACCUUGGGGUAGGUUGGGGGAGGGGCACAUCCCUCUUCCUUCCUUACCUUCUUAAACAGUUCCAUUCAUGCUCACACUUGUCACACAAAGGGGACAGCAGCCUGCAUUUCUCUGGGUGGCUUUCAUGAAUACAGAGUGGGCAGGUCAAAAUAUCCUCUAUUUGAAUCUGUUAAAACAGGAGAGCUUUGUUUUCUAUUUUAAUCAAGGAAGGGUCCUAGUAAAGGAAAGAUAUGUACAGAAAAGACCAGCUAUAGGAGAGCUUCAUAAGAGAAUGUUUUCUAUAAAAUGACAAAAGAGCUACAGACUCAUCUUUCAUGGGAUACAUGACUCCCUGGCAGGCAGAAAGGUAGUCUGAGAUGAGCUAGAGAACAAGCCCCUUUGAUGCCUCAGGAGGAACAGGCCAGAAUGAAACCCCAGCAAGGUUCUUGUACUUUUUCUGGAAAAAAAAUCUUCAAAAUUUCAAGGGCACAUCUAGUUCUGCCUCUUCAGAGGCCUGCUCAGUGCUACUUCUGGGUUCUCAAGGCAAGUGCCCUGUAAACACCAAAGUCUUGCAUUUUCCACUCUCAGCCAGCAGUGGCUAUCGUGAGUGGAAUGUUUUUCCCUUCCUUAAGUGAAAGGGACUUGUUUUCAGGAGAAGUGUCCUUUAAACAUCCAGCUAAAACUGGAGGUAAUUUUUUGCAUGAAUGGCUUUUUACAGCUAGGUCUAAAGCAGAACAAAACUUGUAUUAAACUAAGUGCUACUUUACAUAUCUUAUUUCGAGGGAAAUGAAGGAUUUAUUGCCGUGUAAAUGAUAUACACUGAUUUCUUUCCUACUGGACAUUACAUGUCCCUUUAUCUUUAGGCUGAUGUUGUGCGGCAAACUUUCAAUAUCUGGAAAAUCAGCUGGUACCUACUUCAACGCACUAGCAGGACAUUAUGUUCCCACUGAGGAAUUUUGCAAAUGAAGUGUGGGUGCUGAUGCAACUGAUUUCCACCCCACCCCUCAUCCCUAAGCUUUCUGUACUAAAUAUCUGUAAAGUGAUUAUAUCUUGUCUGACCCCAUGUGUUUGUGUAUAUUUCCCAAUGUUUGUAAAACUAUAGUGGCGAUCUGAAGGGUUAUUUGUUUUUGUGGCAACUGCUGAACUAUGGGUGCGGCCUAGGGGACGCAUGUGGCAUAUGUACACAACAGUUUUGGGGCCAAGCAAAUGUACUCACUGAGUUUGAGAAGUGCGGUGAGUGGCAAUAUGGCUUGGCUUGGAGGGUGUUCAAAAAUGGGUAGAGUGUUGCCAAGUUAUUGUUACUUGCUGAAGACCUUGAUGAAGCAGAGUUAGGAUGUGCUCACUCAGAUCUUAGGUUGCUUAUAUAAAUCCCAACUGACCAAUCUUCUGCUUUAUUUUUAACAGAACUAUUCUUUCAUGAGGCUCACUCUAUAUUCCACAGGCUGUUGGGAAAUGCUGAUCAUGCUUGCUUCCCAUGAUUGGAUUCCCGAGGAGCUGUUACUAUAGCAGACUGUGGUGUUAGAUACACUAGGAGUAAGUCAUAGUACCCCUUCCUUGAGAAGUCAUCCCUUCCGUUGUUUUCCUUUCUCACAAAUUAAUUCCAUUGUCUAUGCUAACUUUAUUUAGAUGUGUGUAAGUAUUGGAGAAUCAAUCUAGUUAAAAUGAUGGCUGUGUUUACCUCUGGAGAACAGGUUCACAGUCUUAGGUAAAACUCUUCCAGGAACUUAUCUUUUGUGAAACAGAGCAAAAUCAAAACAGAAAAGAGCAAAGAGUAACUUGAUAAGAUGGCAACAUGGCCCCAGGGUAGAAAGAGGUGUUCUCAGUUGACAGGAAGAGUUGUGUUGGAAAGGCAAGUACUCACCCUUCUUCUAGUCCUACCCUGCCUCCCUUCCUCCUCAACCUCAGAAGAAAACAGAAACUUAUUUUUUUAAACUGUAUUAAUAAUUUAUGUUUAAUACAAAAGGAUGAUUUAAUGGUAUCACCAAAGGUCAUUUCUCUCAUUGUGCAUGUCCUUCGCUCUCAACCCCAUACACUCAUUCCAUUCUUCACCCUCACUUCCAUCCCAAGGCAACUGUGUGUCUUCAUAAAAACCUAUGGAUGUUGGAGUUACAUGUGGGGGUAUACAUUUAACACCUGACACUAACAACUGAUCAUUCUUCACUUCCAAGUGACAAUUAUUACAAUAAGGAAAACUCUGUUCUUGGUUUUUGUUUGAAAUCAUUUUAUACAUAUAUAUGUAUAUAUGUGUGUGUGUAUGUAUGGACAUAUGUAUGUAUAUGCACAUGUACAUGUAUAUAUGUAUAUACCCAUCUCAAUAUAAAUAUAUCAUAUGUGAGAGUUGUAAAUACUCCUUGGUCAUGCAUCUGUCUUCCUCAUAGUAUCAUAUCUUCAAUGUUAUGUUAACGACUCCAUUUAUUGAUUGAUGAGAUCAUGUGUAGACCUGUAUCCUCCUGACAUAGUUUAUGUAGGGUCUCUUCUCAAAUAAAGUAUAAAACAACAAUG